UACCUCAGCGCUGUAUAUACUUAUUUUUCCAGUGCUACGGAUGACACACAUAAAGACCCAGCUAUCGAGAAUAAGCAAUCACAAGCUUUCCAGUAGGACUAAAUAGUGGCAUUUAUUAUAAAAUAUAUAUAUCGUGAAUCAAAGAAAAAAAAAAAGCCAACCAUUGAAAAAAAGUGCAGUUCCUCCAGUAGAUGGGUUUGUCUUCAAUUAUGACCAGUUCAGAGUUUUGACGCCGGUAUCAGAGACUAUUGUAGUGAGGAUUGCUGUUCAGAGGGUGUAGCGUUGUUCUCAGUCUAAAGGCCUUCUAGACGAACCCAGACAUACCCAUGUCAUUUUGGGGGCAAACGUUGUUAACGACUUCUGUACGUUUUUCGUGAGUGGACGACAAUACGCCUGUAUGAUUUACACGCUAUUACAUCCUUCAUUAGCUACGUUUUAGGGUGUGUUUUUUCAAGUUUUGUACAGCACAACUUUGGAGUCCAGGAGAGGCAUCGGAUUGGCUCAGAGAAGGUUUCUAGCGCCUUCCCUGGAAUAAGAGGGGAGGGGGAGUUGCCACGGUAACGGCACUCCCUUAGAACUCCCCGUGUGAUUGUUGGCAAAUUUGAGGAAAGAAAUUAAACAAAUGUGCCUGUCGGUGGCUCUCAUCCUGUUCCCCCUACCUUUCUCUCUCUCUCUCUCUCUCUCGCUCUCGCUCUCGCUCUCCUAGAGAAGGGGGAUGGGGAUGAUGCUGGAGGGGUCUUAAAACAUUCCAUUAUGUAUCUUUAAAAUAAAUGGAUUCAAACAACUAACUUGGCUGUCUACAAAUCUAUGCAAUCAUCCUCUGUCAGCAUCUCCAAGAGUUCCUAAAAGUAGCGGCGGGAAAAUUCUUCAACUGAAUUAUUAUUAUUUUUUUCACUUUUCCAUUUCUAUUUCUAUAUUUCGGUCUAAAUCAAACCGUUAUUAGGCCUAUGAUUUCAGUAUUUGUUGACUUCGAGGGGAUGGGGGAGGGGGGAGUUAACGGCGAAGAGGGAGGAAGGGUGGCAGAAUGAAAAGACUUGGACCAAACGCUAGGAAUGUGUUUGGUUUCUGCGAGGCUGGAGUCUGGUUGUGAUUUUCCUUUUUUUGUACUCUUUAAUAUCAAACCUUAUCUGCUGUACUGGGAACUGCAACGCCUUCUGUCUAAUGAUAUGCGAUUUUCACAAGCACACAUAAAGUUUCCUUACAAAAUACUGCCGUCUGCGUGUCUUCUUUUUUUUUUCUAAUUUCACUGUCAAGGUUUUAAGAAAUGAUGCAUUUAAUCCUCAUUCUCGGCCACAUUUGUUCGCAAUAAAUAAAAGUUCAAAAUUCGAAAUGGAUGAUGAGAAUAAUGAGUAACAGAGGAAUUCCCUCCUUAAUUUAUAACUGUCACAGACAACGGAGACCUCAUAACUGUCGUAGCCUACUGUUUCCAUACAGCCUAAGGAUUUGGGCGUCGUGUCUGUACCAUAACAUUUUAUGAGCUUUACGCGUAUUGAGUGGAAAAGGGUUGGACGUUAUGGGUGUGAAAGGUGCAGCUCUGAGGGAACGGGUUUGGGGGGCGUCGACCAAUGGGCUUUUUAAUAAUGGGUCAAUGUGGACCACAGAAUCCGUCGGAUUUAAAAGGUUCUACUUAUUAGGACACAUUCGUGCCGCGCAACGCAGUCGUUUUAAACACGCGUUUGAACUUUAACAGUCAGUUUACAGAAACACUUUCAACCCAUAAGGGAGGAAUAUCUUCGGAAUAUCUUCGGGUGUGGACCCAGGACGUCCCGUCAAGGCUGGCUUUGCCCGCAGAGCGCGCGCAGCAACGAGGCUUUGGGACGACCACCAAGAAGCGCGCGACGAUUCAAGUUGCGGCGCCUCGCGCCUGUGCCGCUGCAGCAGGGAUGAUGCUCGCGCUCACCUUUACCUGCCGCCUCCUGCUGCUCCUCCUCCUCUCGGAACCGGUUCACUCCAACAGAUCAGCGCCCUUCCUCAUCACAGAGAACAUGUGGACGGGCGGCUGUCUCCUAGACUGCCAGAGGGGGCGCCACCGUGCCGUGUGCGGCACCAACGGACGCCUCUACAAGUCUCAGUGUUCCUUCCAGCGCGCGCAGUGCUUCAACACGCAGCUCCGGCCGGCGCCCCGGUCCCACUGCACCGACCCCAGUCAGACCAAGUGUCAGCUGGCCCGUGUUCAGGCCCUGGAGGCCAGCGUCCACAGCAGCGGGGGCGGCCAUACUAGCCCCUCGGCGGCCAUCUUUGUGCCAGAGUGCGGCGCAGAAGGCCACUUCCUGCCGGUCCAGUGCCACAACCAGACCGGCUACUGCUGGUGCUCCACGCGCGACGGCAGACCCAUCGGGGGCACCUCAGUGCUGCUCCAGACCCCCAACUGCACCGAUCUCAUGCCUGAAACGGAGGAGAGGACUGGCGCAGGGUCUUCAGACAGAGAGACCAGUGGAUCGACUGGGAAGCCAGGCCGGCCGGGUGCAGAGCCCACGGCCCCUCCCCUCUGGGUGACCAUCCAGUUGAACUCCGACCCCAAAGGGAACCGCUCUGCCAGGCAGCCUUCUGACAGUCCUCAGACGUGUGAGCGUGAGCGCCGGUCGCUGCUCGCCGCGGCCCAGAUGCGUUCCGUCAGGCUGGACGACCGCUUCGUCCCAGAAUGCACUGCAGAUGGGCGCUACCACCCAGUACAGUGUCACGUUGCCACGGGUUACUGCUGGUGCGUCCGAUUGGACACCGGCAGGCCAAUACCAGGGACCUCAACAAGAAACCAGCUCCCAGAAUGCACGGCAACAGAGGAGACCAGGAUAGACAGGAAGUUCAAAGACAAAGCACUUCUUGGGUGCCCUGUUGCCCGUAAGAAGGAGUUCCUGCAGAGUCUGGUCAGAGCCCUGCAGCAGGAAGCAGAGCAUGCUGGGAAACUGCCUCCUCCAAAACCCUUCAUCCCUGCAUCUACCUAUUCCUCCUCAUCCUCGGUGACCCCCUCCUCCGCCUCCUCCAUCCAAACCACCCCCUCCACCCAAACCAACUCCACCUCCGGCUCCCCCGUGCUUGAGUCGUCUGGGCCAGAGGGGGCGCUGCGGUGGCACUUUGAGCGCCUGGACGUGGACGCCAGCGGGGCGCUGAGCGAGAGGGAGGCUCGGCCGCUGCGGCAGUUCCUCCGGCGCCGGCUGAAACCGCGGCGAUGCGCCAAGAAGUUCGCCCAGUACUGCGACCGUGAUCAGGACCGAAGCCUCACCCUGGGGGAGCUGUCUGCCUGCAUACACCUGUAAGGACGGCCCAGAGCAAAUCAUGAAUCCAGUUUACCAGCCCCACCUCCAGAACUCCAACACUGUCUUUCCAGUUCCACUCCAGCAACCAAUCACAUGGCCCCAUUCCUGAUCAUCCAGUCAUUUCAUCGAUCCUUCCUCAUUGUAGCCCAACUCUCCUCGCUGGUUUCCUCACCAUGAAGGAUGUAUGGUCAGUUGUUGUUUUGAUAAA